AUGCGCCGCUUCCAGGACUGUUAUGAGGAUGCCUACGAACGGAUCCCAGCGGCGUGUCAGAUGGACCUCCACACGGCCAUCCAGGAGACUCAGUGUGCCCUCAACCUGGUCCUCAACAACAAGUUCUCUGAGGCCCUGGACCUGCUCAGACCAUGGUGGAAGAACAGCAUGUACCACGCUCUGGGCUACAGCAGUAUCCUGGUGAUGCAGGCCACAAUGACCUUUGACCAGAGAGACAUCCAGACGGCCAUGAGCACCAUCAAGGAGGCCCUGACCACCUGCCAACGAUUCAGAAGAAGAAACUCGAUGGUGGGCUCUCUGCUGAACAAACAGUCCACUAUGCAGGAAGAGGAGAUGCAUGCAGAGCUGUGUUACGCCGAGUGUCUGCUGCAGAAGGCCACGCUGACGUUUGUGCAGGAUGAAAACAUGAUCAGCUUCAUCAAAGGAGGCAUCAAGAUCCGAACCAGCUACCAGAUCUACAAAGAUUGUCAGAACGUGUUGAAUGCCAAUCAGGAAGUGGACGGCCAAUCAAACGCCUUCAGGCAGUUUGAGGGCGGAGUCAAACUGGGCGUGGGCUCCUUCAACCUGAUGCUCUCUCUUCUGCCUCAGAGGAUUCUUCGUCUGCUCGAGUUCAUUGGUUUCUCUGGAAACAGGAGUUUUGGUUUGUCUCAGCUCAGAGAAGGAGCCUCCAACCACAGCCUGCGCUCCAUCCUCUGCUCCCUCACUCUGCUCUUCUACAACACCUACGUCUCCCUCAUCCUGGGUACAGGGGAGGGGAACCUGGAGGAGGCCGAGGCUCUGCUGGAGCCGUACAGACACAAGUAUCCAAAGGGCUCCAUCAUCCUCUUCUACUCCGCCCGGAUCUGCACUCUGAGGGGGCAGCUGGAGAAGGCCGUGUGUCGGUUCGAGGAGUGUGUGCGCUCUCAGAACGAGUGGAGACAGAUCCAUCACUUGUGUUACUGGGAACUGAUGUGGACUCACUCCUUCCAGCAGCAGUGGGAGGAGGCCUACCACUACGCACAGCUGCUGUGUGUGGAGAGCCGCUGGUCCAAGGCGAUCUACGUUUACCAGAAAGCAGCGAUCCUCAGUAUGAUGACGGAGGAGCAGGUGAAGAAGACCGGGGAGAACGUCGUAGAACUUUUCAGGCAGGUGGAGGGCCUAAAGCAGCGUCUUGCUGGUAAGUCUAUUCCCACAGAGAAGUUUGCUGUGAGGAAGUCCAGAAGAUACAAGUCCUCGUCCCCGGUCCCACUGGUCCUACCAGCAUUGGAGAUGAUGUACGUGUGGAACGGCUUCACCAUCGUCGGCAAGAGACCGGACUUUACUGAGGCUCUGCUGGUUACCAUCGAGACGGCAGAGACCCAGCUCCGAGAAGACCCCAACCCCUCAGAGUUCCAUCCUGAUGACAGUUGUCUGGUGCAGAUGUUGAAGGGUCUGUGCCUCAAACAUCUGGGACGUCCUCUGCAGGCGGAGCUCUGCUUCACCCAGGUGCUCUCCAGUGAGCGUACAAUCCGGUAUGACCACUUCCUGGUUCCCUUCACUCUGUACGAGCUCGGCCUCUUGUACAAACAACAGGGAGACUACAGCCGCGCUGCUGCCUUCAUCGAGAACGCCAAGACAAACUACAAAGAUUACUCCAUGGAGUCCAGGCUUCACUUCAGGAUCCACGCUGCUCUGAACAGCCUCAGAGGCUCUCCUGUCAGCACCCCAUAG